AUGGCUCCCUGUUCAACCAACUGCUCUUUCCAGCACCUGAGGUUUGCAGAAAAAGACAUUAAGAUAAGGAAACCCAUCGUGGAGAAGAUGCGUCGGGAUCGCAUCAACGGCUGCAUCGAGCAGCUCAAGCUCAUCCUGGAGAAGGAGUUCCACAAACAGGACCCCAACACCAAGCUGGAGAAAGCCGACAUCCUGGAGAUGACCGUGAGCUUCCUGAGGCAGCAGCUGCAGCCGGAUCCAUCUCAGAGGGACUACGGCGAGGGUUAUUCACAGUGUUGGAGGGAGUCUCUGCAGUUCCUGUCCGGAAGCCCCAAGAGAGACACCACUUCCAUCAUCACCUCGGCUGGACCUCUUCAGGGGCUCCAGCAACAGCUCUCCACCCAGGCCCAGAGAUCCAUCCAGCAGCACCCAAUGGGCCAUUCCACCUCCCCAGUCUCCUCCACCCUCCGACCCACCACUAACGCCAACACCACGCUCCAGGACACAGGAGCUAAAGGCCCAGUCUGGAGGCCCUGGUAG